CGCCAAUCUCUAUUUUCAGGACGAUCGUCAGCCAGCCUCGCAAACCGUCCGGGUGUGGACACCUCAUCGCUGUCAUGCCUGUGGUGUAGGGCGACACACACGUUUGAGGGCUCGGGGUUGGUUCUCCACAGCGCUGAACUUCCGCCGUCACACCCUCUCUUCCCCGAUAUCCUGUGACACUUGCAAUCCGCAGGACGCGGAAUUGCUCCUGGUCUGUGCGACGAGAGGUAGGGACUCUAGGUGAAUGGCGACGACUUGCUUGUCUAUAUCUUUUCCUCUGUACUCUCUCUUUUGUCGGUUCUCCCCGUACCAGAUCCUCUCUUCUCACACUCGCUCACUCCAUCCUUUCGUAUCCACAAAACAUUUGCCAACCAGACCGCUCUUGCAUCAUCGGCAGAACCUCUUCAAACCCACUAGCGCCCUUCCACUUCAAUCCACAAUGCCUUCCUCCAAAAGCUCGAAAUCGGCGAAGACGGCGGAGUCAAAAACGAAGGACUCGUCUGCGGCAUCUUCCAGACCCCCGUCCCGCACACCACGGCAACCGGGCUCGGGCAAUGAUUCGGCUUCUCGCGCACCCUCUCAAACAAAGACAUUGUCUUCUUCGAGAUCUGACGUGCCUGCCAAGGGUAAAGUCUAUGACCGCUCCGGGCCAGCUGGUUUGGCAGCCAAUCAGUCACAACUCAAGUCGACUGCCCGGCCUCAAACGAAACCCGUCGACAUGGCUGGCCCACGCCGCACGGAAUCGACAGAUGACGAGCUGUGCUUCAGCUCCGGAUCUGACCACUCAAGCGGCGGCUCUCCUCGCGAAGCUCUAAUCACCAAGUCCCUGCAAAGCAUCGAAGACGGGGUCACAAUGCUGUAUCACGGCCGCCGAAUCUGGCCCAGCAUAUUCGGCCCACCAAACUUCAUGCCACCAUCCGUCGACAACUGCUUCCCGGACAGCGGCGAGCACCGCUUCCUCUCAGUCGCCCCCCACUCCCUGCACGGCCAGAGCUUCGAACUCUACAGCGGGCCGGCGUUCAAGAAACCCGACUGGUGCUGGACGGGCGACGAGCGCAUCGACUUCCUCCGCUAUCUCUGGUCGCAUUGCGGUUUUGAACAAGGGCUGGCAGACUCCAACCCGGACAUCCGCAUGUCUUUUAAACUUUUCAAGGAGAGCUCGCUCGCUGAAGACCACUGGCAGCUUCGCUUGCGGGAUAAGCAGUGGUGGCACUGGGCGAAGUAUCAAGUCCCGGCUGGCAUGGCGAUCAAACCCAAGUCUGCACUGCCGCGCACUGCUUCUCAAGGUCCGCACGAGCACGGCGAGUUGGAUGUCAACUUACUCGUGUCGAAGCUGUCGGAUGUGCAGUUGAAUCUGCAGCGUGAAGUGGCAAGGGCGAACUGGUUGAUGAAUCUGCCGUCGGAGGACGGCAUGGGCACAAGCAGAAGCCGCACUAGAACAAGCACCGGGACUUCAAGCACAGACUCGAGCACGAAAUACUACCAUCCCGUGCAAGACGGAGACUACGGCUACAUCUGCGACGGCGAAGACGAAGACUUCUCCGAUCGAGCAUCACUGCCAUCGACUGAUUCCGAGGAAUUUGUCGUCCUCAACACCACUUCGAUGCCUCUAUGCCGCUGCCACGCGCGAUCGACGAGCAUGUCGACCGAGGCUUCUGGUAUGAGCUUGAAUCCCCCGAGGGCGCUGAGGGCUCCCUGGCCGUCGGAAGUCUCGCGGACGUCGGCGUCGAGUGGAGAUGGCUCUGGGACUGCGUCUUCGCCUUCUUCGUCCUCUUCUAUUGCGCCUUUUGAACUGCCUAUUCGCCUGGCUGCGGCAGCGCAGGAUGGACCGAGUAUUGCAUCUGGCAAGAAAGCCGCACCGGAGCCCAGUAAGCACAAUGCUCAGGUCCAGUCAAAGGCAGCCAAGGUGCCAGUGCGUGAGGAAGAGAAGUCGAAGAAACCGGGCAAGCGGGUGCAUGUGAAGGGCAAGUGACUGUCAAUUUCAGCAGGUUUGUGUGAUAGGUCGAGAUGUGUUUGUGAGAUUAAGGGACUGGGCGCCAGCAUUGAUAUGACUUUGUGUUGAUACGGGAUGCGUGCUGCUUGUGGAGUAUCGAAACGCGAUGGUGAUAGUAAUCCGCCUGCAGCGCGGCGAGUGAGUCGGAGAGUGUGAGUAUC